AUGCCCUUUAAUAUUAGUUAUUUACCGAAAACGUCGCGUCCUAAGGGACGGAUUUUCCAUAAAACAAGAGUUAUUUCCCCUUUCGUCCUUCAAGUUAAGACAACAUGGCGGCUCGUUUAGCACGAUUACCGAAUACUCUUCGUUUGGCUGGAGUCCGGUUCAUGGGCAAUGAAUAUGGAUCUGGUGCAGGAAAGGGUGGUGGUACUGGAGGAAGUAUUCGAGAAGCUGGAGGUAGUUUCGGUAAAAUGGAGGCUGCUCAUGAAGAGCAGUAUUUCAGAAAACUUCAAGCCGAACAGUUAAAAAGAAUGAAAGAACAUUUGGGAGAAGAAAUCGAACACCAUGAACGCUCCAUUAAACAACACAAGGAAGCUAUUGAAAGACACAAGAAGAAAAUUGGCCAGUUGAAACAUGAAGAGGAUCAAAAUAAGAAAUAAACCUGUAUUUGAUUAGACAUAAAACUAUUUAGAUAUGA